AUGGCAGCUACCAUUAUCUUCAAUGAUGUCACAACUAGAUACGUUUUCAUCACUAUUGAAAGCAACACCAUGAAGACCAUUACGCCAUCGGUACUGAUUCUCUUUUUUUCUUUCUUUCUUUUUCCUUUCCGCAUUUUUUCUAUUCCCCUCUUUCUUUCUUUCUUUCUUUCUUUCUUUCUUUCUUUCUUUCCUGUUCAACUUGAAUAUUCCCAUUUUCACUUAAAUCGUUUCUUUCCCCUCCUACCCUUACUUAUUUCCAUAUUUUCUUUCUUUCUUUUUAAUCUUAUUCCAUUCAUUAUUUCUUCCUUUCUUUCUCUUCUUCUCUUCUUUCUUUUUCCAUCAUUUCCUAUUUUACUCCCACAUUUUCCCUUAUUUCUUCCCUUCUUUCUUUCUUUCUUUCUUUCUUUCUUUCUAGUUUUUCUUUCUUUCUUUUUCCUUUCCGCAUUUUUUCUAUUCCCCUCUUUCUUUCUUUCUUUCUUUCUUUCUUUCUUUCUUUUCUUCUCUUCUUUCUUUUUCCAUUAUUUCCUAUUUUACUCCCACAUUUUCCCUUAUUUCUUCCCUUCUUUCUUUCUUUAUUUCUUUCUAGUUUUUCUUUCUUUCUUUUUCCUUUCCGCAUUUUUUCUAUUCCCUUCUUUCUUUCUUUCUUUCUUUCUUUCUUUCUUUCUUUCUUUCUUUCUUUCUAAUUUUCUAUUCUUUGUUUGUUUGUUUGUUUCUUUCUUUCCUCGAUCCUCCCAAAAGUAUAUGCCAACUAGUGUUUGA